AUGAAACGCAAGAGCGAGCGGAGACGAAGCGAGUGUCGGAAAAAGCGCUGUGCAGCUCACUCCAGCUCAGAGGCGGAGCCAAACCCUGAUAUUUACAUUGCGAUAACAGAUCAACUGUACUUCGCCAUUCUCCAGCAGAGGAUCAAGAGUACAGCGGACCGCCACUGUUUCUGCAUAGACGAUGAGCUGGCCUAUGAAAACUUCUAUGCAGACUUCGGCCCGCUCAACCUGGCCAUGUUUUAUCGGUUUUGUUGCAAGCUGACAAAGAAGCUCAAGUCAAUUAGUCUUUCAAGAAAGAAAAUCAUAUUUUAUUCCUGCGGGGAUCAGAAGAAACAAGCCAAUGCUGCCUAUCUCAUUGGGUCUUAUGCAGUAAUGCAUCUGGACUUCACUCCUGACGAAGCCUAUAAUAUCCUUGUGUCCCGAAACUCAACAUUUAUUCCAUUUAGGGAUGCCUCUUUUGGAACAUGUCUGUUUAAGCUGAAUAUUUUAGACUGCCUUAGGGCCAUUCAUAAGGCCCUUGAGUUUGGGUGGCUGGACUUCUCCAACUUCGACGUGGAAGAGUAUGAGCAUUAUGAGCGAGCCGAAAACGGAGACUUUAACUGGAUCAUUCCUGGAAAGUUUCUUGCUUUCAGUGGGCCUCAUCCUAAAAGCAAAAUAGAGAAUGGGUAUCCUCUCCACGCUCCUGAAGCCUACAUCCCGUAUUUCCGCAAACACAACGUCACCACCGUCAUCCGCCUGAACAAGAAGAUGUACGAUGCGCGGCGCUUCACGGACUCUGGCUUUGAGCAUCACGACUUGUUCUUUGUGGACGGCAGCUCUCCGAACGACUCCAUCGUUCGCAAGUUCCUCAACAUCUGUGAGAACGCAGAAGGAGGCGUCGCAGUUCACUGUAAAGCUGGUCUGGGGAGAACAGGCACUCUCAUCGCCUGUUACAUGAUGAAACAUUACCAUUUGAAGGCAGCUGAGGCCAUUGCCUGGAUUCGGAUCUGUCGGCCUGGGUCUGUCAUCGGGCCUCAGCAGAACUUUGUUGAAGACAAACAGAAUAGUCUGUGGAAAGAGGGCGACAUCUUCCGGGAGAAAAUGCACAUAGACAGAGAAAAUGGUAAAAUGGCCGUAACAAGGAUUUUGUCUGGAGUGGAUGACAUCACCAUCAAUGGGACUAACAAGAACAGAACCAGCAAGAAAAAUGACAUGGAGCAAUAUAUUGAUGACGAGGAGAGAAAUGGCUUCACACAAGGUGACAAACUGCGAGCUCUGAAAAGCAAGCGACAGGCCAGGUCUUCAUCCGGAUCAUUAUCGUUAGAGGAGAAUAAGAUACAUACACGGUCAUCGUCUCACUCCCCGAGCAGAGUGGUACUACAGGCCAGCACCCAGGCUCUGUCCGAUCACUCAGACAGCAGGAAGAGGACCAGGACUUCAUUGCCCUCCUCUGGCAGCUCGAGGCUGGUCAGGUCCUUAGGAAACUUGAAUGUAGUGACUGGAGACCCCAUGUGCUAUGAGCCAUGUUCCAGCCAUAAUGCCAAUGCAGGCGCUCCACUCAACUUAAACAUGGCACAGAUCCACCUGCAGUCACUCCAUACCCAAGGCUAG